ACGAAUUUUUGUCUGAUUUUUGGCUCCCUCACCUCUCCAGCUCUCCUUGCAAUUGAAUGGCUGUGAAGAGACCACAGCAGAACAACACAACCAACUUAUAUCCACCCAAGCUUUCAUCUUUCAGAUGCCUUAGCCUUGCUCUUCCCAUCAAAUUUUCGUUUUUCAUUUUUAUAUUCUUAAUUGUAUGUCAAUUUGUAGAAACUCCUGUCAGUUCAGGACUGAAGUCACUAAGUACUUGCAAAGACUAAGGAGCAUCGAUGAAUCUAUCAUGAGAUUGUAGUAAGAUAUUUCCUUGCUUCUUUAACUCUGGGUAUUUCUUAAUUCUGUAAACUUUUUUUGUAAAAAUGCAAGCUUUAAGUAUCUGGCCAUCACAUGGUGGCUCUUUGGUAGUACCCCAUUUGGAUUUUGAGCAUGGUUCUUCCUGUUUUGCAUCUAUUAAACCUAGAAGCAGGAAAAAAUGGAGUCUUAUUGACGGUAGAGGUCACAGUUUCUUAUUGCUUUCAAGCUAUGCAAGAUUUAGUAGGAGUGAGACUUGUUGUAGGAACUUGAAUUGUUGUUUGAGAUUUGAAUUCCUCUGUUGCUACUCUAAAUUGAAAGUUGUCCUCUUCUGUGAGCCAAAGGGAGGUUCUUCUAGUGGGUUGGUUGCAUCAGCUUGGGCAUUGGAGCGACAAGAAACUGGGAAUGAACUUGAGAGAGAAGGAUCAUACUCAAAGGAUGAUGAUAAUGGCAAUGGGGAUAGAAGUGAGGAAGUGGAUAUUAGUAGUGAGGGAGAAGUUGAGUUGGAGAGUGCAAGGAUUGAUGUUCGGGCACUGGCGCGCAGUUUACAGUUUGCUAAAACUGCAGAUGACAUAGGAAAGGUUCUCAAAGAUAUGGGUGAACUGCCUCUUCAAGUACAUUCAAGCAUGAUUAGUGGUUUUGGAAGGGACAAAUACAUGGAUGCUGCAAUGUCCCUUGUUGAGUGGCUCAAGAGAAAGAAGAAAGAAAGUGGUGGAGGCAUUGGCCCAAACCUUUUCAUAUACAACAGCUUAUUGGGUGCAGUGAAACACUCCAAACAAUUCGGUGAAAUGGAGAAAAUCUUGGAUGAUAUGGCUGAGGAGGGGAUCAUUCCCAAUAUUGUUACUUAUAAUGUUUUGAUGGCAAUUUAUGUGGAGCAAGGAGAAGCUACAAAGGCCCUAAAUGUUCUUGAGGAAAUUCAAGAGAAGGGCUUCAGUCCGUCACCAGUGUCCUAUUCUACUGCCUUAUAUGCUUAUCGUAGAAUGGAAGAUGGGCAUGGAGCUUUGAAGUUCUUUAUUGAAUUAAGAGAAAAAUAUGUGAAGGGAGACAUUGGAAGAAAUGCGGAUGAAAAUUGGGAAUAUGAGUUUGUUAAGCUUGAGAAAUUCACAGUUCGUAUUUGCCAACAAGUCAUGCGGCGGUGGCUUGUUAAGGAUGAAAAUUUGAGCACCAAUGUGCUGAAACUCCUGAGAGAUAUGGACAAUGUUGGGCUUAAACUUAGCAGGGAAGAUUAUGAGCGCCUUAUAUGGGCUUGUACCCGUGAAGAACAUUAUCUUGUUGCAAAAGAACUUUAUAGCAGGAUUAGAGAAAGCUUUUCAGAGAUAAGCUUAUCUGUGUGUAACCAUUUGAUUUGGGUAAUGGGGAAGGCUAAGAAGUGGUGGGCUGCUUUGGAGAUUUACGAGGAUCUAUUAGACAAGGGACCAAGUCCUAAUAACAUGUCCUAUGAAUUGGUUGUGUCUCACUUUAAUAUAUUACUUUCAGCGGCCAGACAACGAGGAAUAUGGCGAUGGGGUGUCAGGUUGCUUAAUAAGAUGGAAGAAAAAGGCCUUAAACCUGGCAGCAGGGAGUGGAAUGCAGUCCUUGUGGCAUGUUCCAAGGCUUCAGAAACUACUGCUGCUGUGCAGAUAUUUAGGAGAAUGGUGGAGCAAGGGGAAAAGCCCACCAUCAUCUCGUAUGGAGCAUUGCUCAGUGCCCUCGAAAAGGGUAAACUCUAUGAUGAAGCCCUCAGGGUGUGGGAUCAUAUGAUAAAGGUUGGUGUUAAACCCAACUUGUACGCUUAUACAAUCAUGGCUUCAAUUUUCACUGGACAAGGAAAUUUCAAAAUGGUUAAUGCAGUCUUUCAAGAGAUGGCAUCAUCUGGUAUUGAGCCGACGGUGGUGACGUACAAUGCAAUUAUUAGUGGGUGUGCUCGGAAUGGCAUGAGCAGUGCAGCAUAUGAAUGGUUUCACCGCAUGAAAGUCCAGAACAUCUCACCAAAUGAGAUCACAUAUGAGAUGUUGAUUGAGGCUCUGGCAAAUGAUGGUAAACCAAGGCUUGCAUAUGACUUGUACAUGAGAGCUCAAAAUGAAAGCCUUAACCUCUCCUCAAAGGCUUAUGAUGCUGUUGUGCAGUCAUCUCAAGUUUAUGGAGCAACUACUUACUUGAGUGUUUUGGGACCUAGGCCACCAGAUACGAAGAAAGUUCAAAUUAGAAAAAAUUUGACUGAAUUCUGUAACAUAGCUGAUGUUCCACGACGAAGUAAACCAUUUGACAGGAAGGAAAUUUACAUCCCACCCAAACAAGGAAACCAAUAAGCCUUUAGGUACUCUGUAGGAUUGAAAGUUUUUACAUGUUCAAUGUUUGUACAUUUGAAUUUUCAGGUAUAAAUCAGAAUGACAUACCACAAUUUAAAAGCUCA